AUGAGAGCGGUGUGUGUUUGGUUCACAGUGUAUUCCUGGAUGAGCAGCUCGCACUGGAUAGCAGCGGGACAGAGACUUAACGACUCCACACUUCUGGGAGAGAAGCUAUUUCCUUACACGGAGGGUUUGUUAAAUGUUUCGGGACAGUUGGGGAAUCGGACCUCGGGGCUUUUCCUCCUGGACUUUGACGAGGGUCUGCUGGAGGACUGGCGCUCUCUGGCCAAUAAGAAGAGCAGCGGGAAGGAGUCGCAGGACAGCGGCAUCAAGGCGCUGCUGGUGGCCGCCUACUCUCUGAUCAUCGUGAUCUCUCUGUUUGGAAACACGCUCGUGUGCCACGUAGUGGUCAAAAACAAGCGCACCCAGUCCUCCACCAGUUUAUUUAUUUUAAAUCUGGCGGUGGCUGAUAUCUUCAUCACGGUCCUGAAUACACCUUUUACCCUGGUACGCUUUGUGAACAGCACAUGGGUGUUUGGGAGGACAAUGUGUCACAUCAGUCGCUUUGUGCAGUACUGCUCCCUGCAUGUCUCCACUCUCACCCUCACUGCUAUCGCACUGGACCGGCGACAGGUGAUUUUACAUCCUCUGAGACCACGCAUGACUCCUGCACAAGGUGGUGUUUGGGUGGCUGUUAUUUGGAUAAUGGCGAGCUGUUUCUCCCUCCCACAUGCGAUCUACCAAAAACUCCUGACUUUCACAUACAGCAAGGAAAAGGAGAGAAGCCUGUGUGUCCCAGACUUCCCAGAGCCAUCAGAUCUCUACUGGCAGUAUAUUGAUCUCCUAACAUUUAUACUACUUUAUAUGCUGCCACUCCUCAUCAUCACCAUCUCCUACACCACAGUGGCCCGUCGGCUGUGGCGCCACAACGCCAUUGGUGACACGACAACAGCUCAGCAUGCCACUCAAAGGAGGAAGCGCAGACGAACGUUGGCCAUGCUGCUCCUGGUUGUUGGAGUGUUUGCUGUCUGCUGGUUCCCACUCAACUGCUACGUGGUGCUUCUUUCCAGCCAAGCCAUCCACUCCUCCAAUGCUCUGUAUUUCUGCUUUCACUGGCUGGCGAUGAGCUCCACCUGUUACAACCCUUUCAUCUACUGCUGUCUGAAUCCCACCUUCCGCCAGGAGCUGCGACUCCUCCUUGACAGGUGCAGGUGGAGACGGAGGGCAGCGGUUGGGUUGGAGCCAGACCAUCGCCCUGCAGUCGCCGGUGCUCCCUGUCACAGAGCCGCCUGGCCUGACAACCACCAGUCAUCUAGGCCACGCCAGGCUUUGGCCCAGGGCCAGGACUCAUUACAGCAGAGUCACGCCUCAUCAAGUCAUUCCCACAACCUGAAAGAUGCUCAUGUGCUCUACACUGCAAGGCCGGCGCUAACAGGGAGGACCCACAUCCUCUCAGUCGAGCCAAUUGUGGCAGUGAGAUGACUGGAUGCAGUUCUAAAUGGAAGACAUUAGUUUGUAGGAUUUAAAAACAGAAAUCUGGACAUCUCAGAGGUUUGGCUGGGCCAACACAGGACACUGAUAGUAACAGGGGAAGAGGAAAGCACUUUUUCUAAGACUUCAAGGAAAUUACAAGAUUAUUUCUCCAUUAGACGUUAGUAAAAUGGCUUUGCCACAGUUAUUUCUGCAUUUUUUCACACUGCUUUUUACACUUUUAUUUCCUCUGUACUUUUAAGGUGCAUUGCACAUCAAGAACUGAAUCUCCGGGUAUUAAAAAACUGAUAAAUCAUUCUCACUUUGAAUCCAUUCAGCAGCGCUUU